GCCGACCCUAUAUUUUAACCCCCGACCCUAAAAAAUUUUUCGAUCGCCAAGUUUUUUUUUCCGGAAAUAUUAAGAUUGACCGACAGGUUUUACGUUUUAGCUAAUCGGUCUUCUAAACGUUUGAGAAUAAACCCUGACCUGUCUUGUUGAUAAAGCGCACGAUAAACAUUGACUGUGUUAACAUGGCGUGUCCGGAGACAACCAGUGUGUUGUCUCUGGAAUUCCAACCUUGUAUACAUUUUAAAGAGGGGAAGAAAUUAAUCACUAGUGUUAAGGAUUCAACUACAUUUACACACCUCUUUGAAUCUUGCUAUGAUUGUCAGAAUAAUUCAAAAGAACCAGAAUUUACGGUGUCGGCACAAAAUCAAACAAGUACUAGUAUACACGGUUCGUUAUCGGUGGGAGAAGUUGUUCGCAACUUUUCUUUAAGAUCAUUUUUAUUCAUAUGCAAAGCAACCGACGACCCUGAGCUGAAUAAACUUCAACAACAUGCUGCAAAUGCCACUAAAAAAGCUGUAAACGCAUUUGAAUUGCUGAUGGCAGGUGGUCGUUCUUUUCCCGACAAGAAACGUAGCAGCUCAGGGGUCAAAGGUGGGCUUUCCAGAAAGGAUGAGUUGUACAACAACUUGAUUGAGACCUUUUUUAAGCAACACAAGUUGGAUCUCCCUAAACCAGUGCUACAGACAGAGGGCAGCUAUAUAGUUCAAAUUUGACUUUUACUUUGGUGUUAUGUAACGCUCUGUGGUAUAUUACGAACCAACAUUUGACUAUCAACGAUGCUGCACAUGACAGACAGGAUCUUACUCCAAUUCUUGAUGCAUUUGACAUGUACCAAGGGUUUAAUGAGGUCAAAAGGAAGAAAAUGAAGCAGAUGCCUCUUAAUGCUGGAUGUCUUAAAUCUCAUGCAGAAAUUUUAUAUAGUGUUCUAUUGAGACCCAUAACUUCUUCUACUGAAGCAUGGAGGAAGGGAAGUAAAGAAAUUCAGGGCCUGGCUGACUGUUUUGAUUCCUAUAGCAACUACCUAGAUGCAACUAUUGAGCAUAGGACACCAUCAUCAUUAUUUAAGCAGCAAUACCACCUGCUGGAUGCUAUCAUAAAAGGAAAGGAAGUUGGAGAAUUUUUUAUUUUUAAUGAAAAACAGCAUGUUAAUGAACCAUUUAUUGACUCAAAGCAGAAAUACCGAUUCCUUAAGGGUCUUCAGCUGUCUGUUCCAUUAGACAUACUUAAAUUCAGUACAGGUGGAUCCACAACAUCCUCAUUCAUAAUCUGUAGGACACUAGAGAACCGUGCAGAGUCACAGAUAUUAGUUCAGGGUGCCAGGUUGUUGCAGACAGCAAGAUCAGAAAUUCAGGAAUUUCACACCCGAGAGAUGAAAAAAACAUUCAAAGAGAAGAUUAAUAAUAUAACUUCCUUGUCACCAUCUGUUAUAGAAUACAUAUACAAGGAGUUGGCAUUUGAUGGCAGUCAAACGACUAAUCCGGUUAUGCAAGAACGUUUACGUCUCAUUUCAUUAGGCCAUACAGAUUUAAUUGCAGAUCUAAGGCAUACCAAUCCAGGAAGACCAAACACGAAGUUUGAUGUGUUUUUUGAAAAGCUUCAAGAAGUUCUUGAGAAUAUUUAAGCUGCUGAUGACAGGAGACAUGGCCAUGCACAUCUCAGUGAAUUCAUUUCAAUAUCAGACAUGAUCCAGAGAGCAGUAUCUACUUAUCCACAUGGUACCCCUGUUCCUUCAGCAAGUCUUGUAAAACUACAGUUUGCACCGAGAAAUCCAUAUUACCAAGGGGCUUUGAACUUUACAUCUCGUUUAAAUGUACAGUUUAAAAUUCAAAGAAGACAACUACGCACAACUCAUCCUGACAGUCAUUUCUGCAAUGCUCAGUUUAAGUAUCUAAAAUCAUUUGCUGUAGAGGAAGCUGAAAGAUGCAUGAUGGUAUGCUGCGAUGAUAAGGCAAAAGUACCAAUUGGUGAUCCUGGUGCUGCAGUAUCAACAGGAGUAAGGGGGAAAAAAUCAAUUGUACCUACUUCCAGCACCCUUGUUGCCCUUGAUCACGACAUGACACGGUGUUUACUCACACCAUCAGUUGUAUUACAGUGCGAAGUGCCAAAAUGUGUUGACAAAUUUUUUGUACGUGGAAAGGUUUUAACUGUGCUGAAUGAUUCCAUUUUUUAGACUGCAUCUUUUUUUCGUCAUGCAGCAUUCCUUUCAAAGAUGAUGCUUAGUUCAGGCAAUGAUCCUAAGCCAAUGCUGUUGAAAUUCACAGACGGUGGAGUAGAUCAAAGACACACUCUGGAAGCUGUUAAACUAGCAAACAUCUGCUUGUUUAAGGAGUUUAACUUGGACCUUUUAAUCCAUGCUCGCUGUGCACCAGGUCAUAGUUAUACAAAUCCAGCAGAGAGGGUGAUGAGCAUUUUAAAUCUAGGACUACAAAAUGUGUCUUUAGAAAGAAAACCCUGUGAGAAAAAGAUUGAAGAUGCUUUGAAAAACAAGAAUAGCAUGGCACAAGUCAGGGCUUUUCAUGAAGAAAACCCCAACUUUAGAAUAAGACAAGGGUGGACAGAAUCUCUUGAGGAAGUAAAAAGAACCAUUCAGAAUAGAUUUGUCAGAUUGAAGCGCAAAGAUGAACCUGUUCAGGUCUUGGAUCCUCUCAGUGACCAAGAUAUUGAGGUAAUGAAACGACACCUAAGAGAACUAUUUCCAGACAUGGACCUGACAAAAUUGCAGAAGACACACACUAGAAAAAUCAAGUCAUACCAAGAUAGGUUGGACCGUCACUGCAAAUCUACACAGUACGUUUUCCAAAUCAAGAAAUGUGACAAUGUAUCUUGCUGCAUUCCCCCUAGAAAUCCUCUACCUUCGUGGCUACCAGACCCCCAGUUAGAUGCCACAGGUGAACAUUAUCUUCCAUACUCAGAGGUGAGAGGGAAAGAAACAACAGAAAAGGACAGACCAACCCUGAAACUUUUGAAAAAAAAGAAACCACUAGUACCUGCAGAAGAACCUGCAGAAGGCGUUGAUUGCUCGACUGUGCUGACAAAUACAUGUAAGAAUGUUGAUGUACUGGGAUAUAUUGAGGAACCUCAAUCAACACCAAGUCUGUGUACUGUACAGAAUGCCAGAUUAAUUGUAGAUUGCAUAGAAUGCAGGAAACCGCGUGUAGUAUACUCAAAAUACAGAUUAACUGAAAGACAACAAUAUUCAAUUGUAUGUGACCUUAGUGAGCUAGAAUACACCUGUGGAUCACCGAUACUCCCUCCUUCAAAUCCAUUAUAUAAAACGGUAAUGGCGAGGUCAACCAUCACAUGUCAAAGUCCGGUUGAAUUAUCCUACUACAGGAGUGGUUUUGGCCAUGCAAACCUUUGUUCAUAUUGUUGUGGAGAGGGGGAAGUUAAAGUAAAUCCACCCUCCUGUGACGUCAUACAUUUUACUUAAACUAUGAAUUCAUUGAUAUUCUUGCAAGUAGAUUUGUAAUUUCUAUGUUAUCAUAGGUGCACAUCAAAAACUCAAAUCAUUAUUUACUUGGAGAUAUUUAAUAAGCGUUUUUCAUCCUUAUAUUCGACAUAAUUCAAUAAUGACAAAGGGAAAUAACUCUUUUCUACUUUUCUCUAAGUAAUAUAUCUAAAUGCUAUAAUUUUUUCUAAUGCAAACAAUUUUUUCUUUUUUUAAAAUUAAUUUUAGUUUUCUGGCAUAGUAAGCAAUAAAAUUUAAAUAUACAAACAAGUAUCCAACCACUUAUUUAUAAUUUUUAAACAAAAAAACUGUGAUUUUCAGAUGAUAAUUUCAGCCUUUGGUUUUUGUUACCUUACAUCUUAAAUAGUAUGGAUACAUAUAUAUUUCAUUUAUUCAAGUCCAAUAAGUUAAAAAAAAGUUAAGUUUUUAACUUUGAACCCAUGAUUUUAUAGGUACGGAGUUACCUUAAUCAAGAACUUUUGCAGAAGUUCAAGACUGUUCUUCCCAUCUGUGAAAGCUGCAUCUUGCAG